ACCAAAUAUUAAUUGAACAUGCACAAAAUGAAGUUACUUAGAAAAAAUGCCACAAAUAAAUAGUGAUAAAACUCGAGAACAGAAACGUUCGCGUCAACAAAAAUGAAACUAGGCGAAUACUCAUUUUACAUAUUAGCCACUGCAAUUCUAAUCAUAAUAAGAAUCAAUAAAAACGUGGAAGCAAGCGGAAAAAACACACAUGGACAACGAAAGGGACGUGAUAAUUUACGACCACCAUUAUCUGGACGAAGAAACGGAACAUUGAGUGAUCUCUCCGGUGAAAGUGGUCCACGAAUCCACAUAACUGUCAAUGCAAGUGGAUCGAGUUCACAUCAUCAUGGUAAUUAUCCACCAGUAUUAACUGGACGAAGAAACGGAACAUUAAGUGAUCUCUCCGGUGAAAGUGGUCCACGAAUCCACAUAACUGUCAAUGCAAGUGGAUCGAGUUCACAUCAUCAUGGUAAUUAUCCACCAGUAUUAACUGGACGGAGAAACGGAACAUUGAGUGAUCUCUCCGGUGAAAGUGGUCCACGAAUCCACAUAACUGUCAAUGCAAGUGGAUCGAGUUCACAUCAUCAUGGUAAUUAUCCACCAGUAUUAACUGGACGAAGAAACGGAACAUUGAGUGAUCUCUCCGGUGAAAGUGGUCCACGAAUUCACAUAACUGUCAAUGCAAGUGGAUCGAGUUCACAUAAUCAUGGUAAUUAUCCACCAGUAUUAACUGGACGGAGAAACGGAACAUUGAGUGAUCUCUCCGGUGAAAGUGGUCCACGAAUCCACAUAACUGUCAAUGCAAGUGGAUCGAGUUCACAUCAUCAUGGUAAUUAUCCACCAGUAUUAACUGGACGGAGAAACGGAACAUUGAGUGAUCUCUCCGGUGAAAGUGGUCCACGAAUCCACAUAACUGUCAAUGCAAGUGGAUCGAGUUCACAUAAUCAUGGUAAUUAUCCGCCAGUAUUAACUGGACGAAGAAACGGAACAUUGAGUGAUCUCUCCGGUGAAAGUGGUCCACGAAUCCACAUAACUGUCAAUGCAAGUGGAUCGAGUUCACAUCAUCAUGGUAAUUAUCCACCAGUAUUAACUGGACGAAGAAACGGAACAUUGAGUGAUCUCUCCGGUGAAAGUGGUCCACGAAUCCACAUAACUGUCAAUGCAAGUGGAUCGAGUUCACAUCAUCAUGGUAAUUAUCCACCAGUAUUAACUGGACGAAGAAACGGAACAUUAAGUGAUCUCUCCGGUGAAAGUGGUCCACGAAUCCACAUAACUGCCAAUGCAAGUGGAUCGAGUUCACAUCAUCAUGGUAAUUAUCCACCAGUAUUAACUGGACGGAGAAACGGAACAUUGAGUGAUCUCUCCGGUGAAAGUGGUCCACGAAUCCACAUAACUGUCAAUGCAAGUGGAUCGAGUUCACAUCAUCAUGGUAAUUAUCAACCAGUAUUAACUGGACAAAGAUAUGGAUCAUUGAGUGAUCACUCCGGUGGAAAUGGUCGCUGUAUUUACAUAACUGUGAAUGCAGGCGGAUCGAGUUCAUACCAACAUCAAAAUUUUCCACCACGAUUAUCUAGACAAAGAUAUGGAUCAUUGAGUGGACACUCAAGUGGCAAUGGUCGCUGUAUUUACAUAACUAUCAAUGCAGGUGGAUCGAGUUCAUAUCAACAUCAAAAUUUUCCACCACGAUUAUCUGGAAGAAGAUACGGAUCAUUGAGUGGCCAUUCCGGUGACAAUGAUCCACCUAUCUACAUAACUGUGAAUUCAGUUGGAUCGAGUUCAUAUCAAAAUCAAGAUUUUCCAUCACGAUUAUCUGGAAAAAGAUACGGAUCGUUGAGUGGUCUCUCAGGUGAAAAUCAUCUACGUAACCACAAAACUGUGAAUGCAAGUGGACAGAAUUCAUAUCACAAAAGAUAUGGAAACCACGGUAAAUUUCCACCAACAUUCUCUGGACGGAAGUAUGGAUCAAUGAGUGAUCUCUCCGGUGAGAAUGGUCCACGAAUCCACAUAACUGUCAAUGCAAGUGGAUCGAGUUCACAUCAUCAUGGUAAUUAUCAACCAGUAUUAACUGGACGAAAAAACGGAACAUUGAGUGAUCUCUCCGGUGAAAGUGGUCCACGAAUCCACAUAACUGUCAAUGCAAGUGGAUCGAGUUCACAUCAUCAUGGUAAUUAUCCACCAGUAUUAACUGGACGGAGAAACGGAUCACUGAGUGAUCUAUCCGGUGGCAAUGGUCCUUCUAUCUACGUUACCUUCAAUUCAGAUGGAAAGAAUUCAACUGAUCAUGAUCGGGGACAAGGAGUUACUUCACCACCACGAUUAUCAGGUCGCAAAUACAUGAAAGGUCGAUCAAUUGAGUACAUGUUUGAGAAAGUAGAGGGAGAAGUAAUGAAUGCAACUCACAGUACUAGCGGAGAAGACAGUUCGUCCAAAAAUAAUAGAAAUGAUUAUUAUAAUAAGGGAUUAUCAAACAAGUAUGGUGGUAAAAUCACAAAAUAUGGUAAACGUAGUCGAACGGAUUCCGACAGUAUACCGACAAUUGGAAGUUCGGAUCGAUAUGCUAGUUCAUAUAUUAAAGAUAACUUUAAAAUUAAAGCUAAAUCAAAGAAAAAGUAUGCAAAAGAUCAUGUCUAUGGAACUUAUAAAUCUAAUAAAAAACGUGGAGGAAGAAAAACUAAUAAAGAAACAAAAUCGAAAGAAUCGCGAAACAAAACCGAAAGAACAUCUUAAGCCGAAAACUGGAAAUUGGAUAUGCAGUUACAAAUGCAGUAUAUCACCAGAUGUGAUAAAUAUGUUUUAUUCCACAUAGAAUCAAAUUUAUUUAUGUAUAAAAUAAUGUCAAACACUAUUUUGAUAAUUGUUAAACAACAUAUGUAUCAGAAAAUAAUGCAAGUAAUAUUAUUAAUAGUUCUUCCAAAAUGUAAAAACAAUGUUACGCUUCUUGCGCUAUUAUCUUAGCAUAAAUAGCCGUUCGUAUCUAGCUAGAAGGUAAUUUGUAUAGUGGGGGAGCGUGCAAAGUAGAGUAAGUGGGAGGAGCUGGUAAAGAGACGAACAAAAGAAAAUGUGAGCCAACGAUGUAGCAAGCGCACAAAAUCCACUUACAGUAAGAAAAUUAAUAGACGACAACCAACAAUGAAAUAAGCCAACAAUAUUGUUUUCAAUUAGAGCAUCACCAGACUUUACUGAAGAAUAUAAACGGAAAGGGGUGAAGAAUGACAAACGAAUACGGAGUGUGAAAACACUAAUAAAAUCGUUUAUUGAGUCGUAUCGGACCAAGGAAUGAACAGGGGUGUCAGGAAUUUCUUCUGAACUGAAAUUAGGUCUAUGGGUUCGGAUCCAUAUGGCUUCUGCUAUAUGCAUUAGACGGGAUCGUACUCCAUUGGCUCAGGUUUACGAUAGAUUACUCGAAAUGAUUUACUUUUCUUUAUCGUAUGCUCACCGAAUAUGUGAAUGUUCAUAGAUAUUAGAGUAAAGACUGAUGACCAUCUGAGUGGAAACAAUAUUGUCCGCUUAUGCGUUGUUCGAAGAACAGAUGCCUCAUACUGAGACCAUCUGCAAAUUGAAACUAGGAGCAGAUAGUUGAACUAACCAUACCAUACGAUCUUCGAAACGCUAACACAAG